GUUCUGCCUUAUCCUUCAAUUCAAGUUCCCCUCUUUUUAUCUUUUCCACCAUUUUAGCGACUUGAUAAUUUUCUUUAACAUUUCUCUAUUUCCGAUUUCCGUAUCUCUUUCUUCUAAUCAAAGUGAGACAACACAACUACAGGUAGCCGGUCUAUGGUUUCCACAGUCUUCCCCACAGAGCUCGAAUUUUUAAUGGUCUCUUUUUCCCCCUCUUUUUGCUUGUUGAAUUGAAGGGCAUUCUUUAAUCGCCUCCUUUUUCCUCUUUCAUUUCAAUUGAUUAGAUUGAAUUUAAGUAUUUUAUUACUUCAAUUCAAACCGUUAACCUCGAUUCUGUAACUUUGUUUCUAUCUUCUUUAGGCUAUGUUGAGCAAGUUCAACUUAAUUCCAAUUCUCUUUCAAAACCCCUUCUGGGAAUUCGAAAUCGUGAACUGGGCUGGCAUGGAAAUCGAAAUUCAAUGAAACUUUCUGGAAUUUUAGCGAUGUUUUUGUAGUUUUGAUGGAGACCCAACAUGGGUUUUCGAUAUUGAGGUUUGAAGUUCUUUUCUAGUGGGUGGAUUAUCAUUGUUGUUCCAGGUGGUGAGUUUCUUAGCUUUCUAUUGAUGUGUUUUUUUAAGCAAGGAUUUUGAUGCUUGGUGUUCUGUUUGCAAGGAUUGGGGAUUGUUAAUGUAUAGCUUCUGGUUUUUUAAUUUGGGGGGUUCUUAUUUUGUGAAUUGGAGAGGUUAGGAUAUAGAAUGGAUGAAGCUCAGGGAGGCGGCUUGACUUCACUGCCUCCAUUUUUAGUCAAAACGUAUGAUAUGGUUGAUGACCCUUCAACCAAUUCGAUUGUUUCAUGGAGUUCUAGUGAUAAAAGCUUUGUUGUUUGGAAUCCACUGGAGUUCUCAUCAGUUUUGUUGCCUAAAUUCUUUAAGCAUAGCAACUUCUCAAGCUUCAUCAGGCAGCUCAAUACUUAUGGGUUCAGAAAGGUGGACCCUGAACAAUGGGAAUUUGCCAAUGAGGAUUUUGUUAGAGGUAAGCCACAUCUGAUGAAGAACAUCCACAGGAGAAAACCAAUCCAUAGUCAUUCUUUACAGAACCUUCAUGGUCAAGGAAUAUCUCCUCUAACUGAAGUGGAAAGAAACAGUUUUAAGGAUAACAUCGAAAGGCUGAAACUGGAUAAAGAACAGCUUCUACUUGAGUUGCAAAAAUACGAACAAGAAUAUCAAGGAGUUGGAUUGCAAAUGCAAAAUUUGAAAGACCGAUUUCAACGUGUUCAACAGGAGAUGCAAUUAUUUAUUGGUUUGAUGGCUCGCCUUUUACAGAAACCAGGACUUCGCUUGGAUCUCCUUCCACAAUUGGAAACUCCUGAGAGAAAGAGGAGAUUACCUAGAGCUUCUUACAACAUUAGUGAAGACAGCCUUGAGGACGAUCAGUUAGGGACAACUCAAGCCAUUGGUAGAGAAGAUUUGAGUUGUAGUUUUGAUCCAAUUUUGGAAAAAGAGCAGUUAGAACUUCUUGAGACAUCUCUGACCUUUUGGGAAGGAAUUAUCCAUAGUUAUGAUCAAACAGUUAUUCCACUUGAUUCAAGCUCAAACCUAAACCUGGAGUUGGUUGGAUCUGUGAGUCAUGCCAGUAGCCCUGCUAUAUCUUGCAGACUGGUUAGGGAGGAAUUUCGGUGUAAAUCACCUGGAAUCGACAUGAAUUUGGAGCCCAUGGCUACUGUUGCUCCUGACUCUGUGGCUUCAAAAGAUCAAGCAGCUGGAGUAAAUGCUCCAUUACCAACUGGAUUCAAUGAUGUUUUCUGGCAGCAAUUCUUGACAGAGAAUCCUGGUGCAUCUGAUCCACAAGAAGUUCAAUCAGCUAGAAAAGAUUCGGAUGUCAUAAACGAAGAAAACAAACAGAGUGAUCACGAAAAUUUUUGGUGGAACACGAGGAGUGUAAAUAAUAUUGUAGAACAGAUAGGGCACCUUAAACCAGCUGAGAAAUUUUGAUACUAGGUUGACUGUUUUUCUGAAUUACAGAUUCCCCUUAGCUCACAUGCUGCAAAAUGUGGAAAGGAAAUUGCUUUGGUCCUUGAGGAUUUACACGAAGGAUUUGAAUUCAAUUUGUAAGGUCUUCACUUCAUGUUUUGCUUGUUUUUAAUUGAAGUGUUUAAGUGUAUCAAAGUCUUAUAUGAUGUUACAUCUUGAAUUUAUCUGAGGGGUAUAUGAUAUGUUCAUGGCUGUUAGUAUCGCUUUCUGCUUCUCUCAGAGGGGCGAUUUCAAACUACAACAAGUUCAUGAAGACGAAGGACAACCUUUCUGCAACUUCCACUCUGAGUAAUUGACAUGGAAUCUCCUAAAAGAAACAUCAAGAUCUCAACUUGUGAUUGCUACUUGUCUUUGGAUGUUGGCUUACAAGAUUGAAUUGUUUAUCCAAACACUAUGCGACUUUGCAAUUUAAGACUCUUCAUCAUAUCUUCUAGAGUUGAGAUUGGGUUGGUAUUGGUUUCUUCAAGGUGUUUGGCUAUAGGUUUGUGACCACUUACAGGUCAAGGAGUCGACUAAGGAGCUCCUCUUCCAUCUGCAUUUCCAUGAGAAAAGAUUGUUUCUUAGGCGGGAUGGAGUUUGUGCUAUUCUUUGGGGUAGGUGGGGCAAGACCCGAAAACUCGAGAGUAAAAUCUUUAUGGGAGAGAGGCCACGCAAUGAUGUUCAACCUUGUUAGGUCCUCUGGUUCUCCAUGCCUUUCUAUGAUUAUUUGCUAGUAGCUCCCUUUUUGUGGGAUUCUCAAGCAUUGCUUUAUUUAUUUAUUUUUCUUCAUGAGAUCUUGGAUUUCAAUGAUAAAAAAGUGUGUAUUCAGAAAGAAGACUAGUAGUUAUGGUAAUCAAAGCCACAGUGAUGUUGGGAAGUUGUGAAGGUUCAAUUUACUCUGACAAUGUUUGAAUUCUCUGAAGUCAUUAUGUUUCUUUCUA